UCCCCAUGUAAGCCGCUCUGCUCUCUCUUUCUCUCUCUCUCUCUCUCCGCUGUGGACAAAAUACAGCCUGUCCCAGUAGAAGGAGAAACCCCGCUCUCUCUCUCUCUCUCUCUCUAAAAGAGCUCAUCCGGUUUCCGUCUCCAUCGCCGGAACCAUCAAUUUUCCGGCGGCGCAAUAUCUCUCUAAUUUUCCCUCUCUCUCUCUCUUACAUAUACACACAAGCAUAUAUAUAUAUAUAUAUAUAUAGAUUGGUUGAUUCAUAUAUCAGUUUAGGAUGUCAGUGUACGACGCCGCAUUCGUGAACAGCGAGCUGUCGAAGCCGACGUCGAUAUUCGGGCUUCGGCUGUGGGUGGUGAUCGGAGUCUUCGUCGGAGCAAUUAUCGUUCUCUUUCUCUUUCUCCUCUCUCUCUGCAUCACCUCCCGCCGCCGCAACUCCUCCAAGCUCCACCACCACAGUGCCAAGCUCGCCGUCCGCGGAGAGCUAACCCCCGCGGUGUCCAAGGAAAUCCUGGAGAUCGUGCACGAGGCCACGCCGGAUCACCGCCCGGAGAUCCAGAUCGACAUCGGCAAGGCGGAGCACCGCAUCGUGUUCUCCGAUCGGGCGUCGAGCGGGGAGAGCAGGGCCACGAGCUCCGCGGCCGAUACGGCGUCCUUCGGCGGCGGCUCGAUGCCGGAGGUGUCGCAUUUGGGUUGGGGCCGGUGGUACACUCUCAGAGAGCUCGAGGCUGCUACGAAUGGGUUAUCCGAUGGGAAUGUGAUCGGCGAAGGCGGUUACGGCAUCGUCUACAGUGGUGUAUUUGCCGAUAAUACUCGCGUGGCUGUGAAGAAUCUGUUGAAUAACAGGGGCCAGGCUGAGAAGGAAUUUAAAGUAGAGGUAGAAGCAAUUGGGCGAGUAAGACACAAAAACCUUGUCAGAUUGUUGGGUUACUGUGUGGAGGGAGCUUACAGGAUGCUUGUAUAUGAGUAUGUGGAUAAUGGAAACUUGGACCAGUGGCUCCAUGGAGAUGUGGGAGAAGUUAGCCCCUUAACAUGGGAUAUCCGUUUGAAUAUCAUACUGGGAACAGCUAAAGGAUUGGCCUAUCUUCAUGAGGGUCUUGAACCGAAGGUUGUCCAUCGGGACAUCAAAUCUAGCAACAUACUAGUUGAUCGUCAAUGGAAUCCUAAAGUAUCCGACUUUGGGCUUGCCAAGCUCUUGUUCUCUGAGAGAAGUUAUGUGACAACUCGUGUUAUGGGAACAUUUGGUUAUGUUGCCCCAGAAUAUGCCUGCACUGGAAUGUUGAAUGAGAAGAGUGAUGUCUACAGCUUUGGAAUACUAAUAAUGGAGAUAAUUUCUGGGAGAAGUCCUGUUGACUAUAGUCGACCACCAGGAGAGGUGAACUUGGUUGAUUGGUUGAAGACAAUGGUUGGAAAUCGAAAAUCCGAGGACGUUGUGGAUCCAAAGCUGGCUGAGAUGCCUGCUUCAAAAGCACUCAAACGUGUUCUGUUGGUUGCUCUCAGAUGUGUAGAUCCUGAUGCUUCAAAAAGGCCCAAAAUGGGACAUGUGAUCCAUAUGCUUGAGGCAGAUGAUUUACUUGUUCGUGAUGAAAGACGAAUUGGCAGAGAACCUUCCCAUUCCCAUCGUGAUUAUAAAGAAGAGAGACAUGCUGCUUUAGAAGUAGGUGCUAAGCAGCUUGGUGAAGAUUCAUCUAGUAGAAGGUGAUAAUAGCAGGAGAGCUUACCACCCAACGUGGCAGGAAUAACCUUCUGCUUGGAUUAUGUUACUAACAGUUUUAAGUUCUUUAAAUCUUUUUAAUACUUAGGAAUGAAUUUUCUUUUUGUUUUCUCUAGUUCCCUCGCUUAUAGGUUUACCUUCAGUUCCUGGUAUAUGGUAAUCUACAAUUUUUGUAUGAUUUGAUUGUCUACUUAGGAUGCAUUUGUAUACUGAAUAUUCAUUCAUCAAUUAUAGGAAUUAUAUUCAACUAA